AUGACGCUGGGCUUGGAGCAGGCUGAGGAGCAGCGGCUGUACCAGCAGACGCUCCUUCAGGACGGCCUCAAGGACAUGCUGGACCACGGCAAGUUCCUGGACUGCGUGGUGCGCGUGGGCGAGCGCGAGUUCCCGUGCCACCGCCUGGUACUGGCCGCCUGCAGCCCCUACUUUCGCGCGCGCUUUCUGGCAGAGCCCGAUGGCGCGCGAGAGCUGCGCCUGGAGGAGGUGUCGCCCGACGUGGUGUCCCAGGUGCUGCACUACCUGUACACAUCGGAGAUCGCGCUGGACGAGGCAAGCGUGCAGGACCUCUUCGCCGCGGCGCACCGAUUCCAGAUCCCGUCCAUCUUCACCAUUUGCGUGUCGUUCCUUCAGAAGCGCCUGUGCUUGGCCAAUUGCCUGGCUGUCUUCCGCCUCGGCCUCCUACUAGACUGCGCGCGCCUGGCGGUGGCAGCGCGCGACUUCAUCUGCUCGCGCUUCCCGCUGGUGGCGCGCGACAGCGACUUCCUGGGGCUCUCCGCUGACGAACUGAUCGCCAUCAUCUCCAGCGACGGCCUCAAUGUGGAAAAGGAGGAGGCAGUGUUCGAGGCGGUGAUGCGCUGGGCCGGCAGCGGCGAUGCCGAGGCCCAGGCGGAGCGUCAGCGCGCACUGCCUACCGUCUUUGAGAGCAUUCGCUGCCGCCUGCUGCCUCGCGCCUUCCUGGAGAGCCGCGUGGAGCGCCAUCCACUUGUGCGCGCCCAGCCCGAGCUGUUGCGCAAGGUGCAGAUGGUGAAGGAUGCACAUGAGGGCCGCCUCACUACACUACGCAAGAAGAAGAAGGAGAAGGGAGAGAAAGCCGUCCAGGCCAAGGAGGCCAACCAGGGUGCAGCAGACGCCAAGGCUGAGGACGAUGAGGAACGCGUACUGCCUGGGAUCCUCAACGAUACCCUACGCUUCGGCAUGUUCCUGCAAGACCUCAUCUUCAUGAUCAGCGAGGAGGGUGCAGUGGCCUACGACCCAGCUGCCAACGAAUGCUACUGUGCAUCUCUGUCCACCCAGAUCCCCAAGAACCACGUCAGCCUGGUGACCAAGGAGAACCAGGUCUUCGUGGCCGGUGGCCUCUUCUACAAUGAGGACAACAAGGAGGACCCUAUGAGUGCUUACUUUCUGCAGUUUGACCAUUUGGACUCUGAGUGGCUGGGGAUGCCGCCACUUCCCUCACCACGCUGCCUCUUCGGCCUGGGGGAGGCUCUCAACGCCAUCUACGUGGUCGGUGGCCGGGAGCUCAAGGACAGUGAGGACAGCCUGGACUCAGUCCUGUGCUAUGACAGGCUGUCAUUCAAGUGGGGUGAAUCGGACUCACUGCCCUAUGCAGUAUAUGGUCACGCGGUGCUUUCCCACAUGGACCUGGUCUACGUCAUUGGCGGCAAAGGCAAGGACAGGAAAUGUUUAAGCACGAUGUGUGUCUAUGACCCCAAGAAGUUUGAGUGGAAGGAGCUGGCGCCCAUGCAGACAGCCCGCUCACUCUUCGGGGCCACCGUCCAUGAUGGCCGCAUCUUUGUGGCUGCAGGGGUGACAGACACAGGGCUUACCAGCUCCACGGAGGUGUACAGCAUUGCAGACAACAAGUGGUCCUCUUUUGAGGCCUUCCCACAGGAGCGCAGCUCGCUCAGCCUGGUCAGCCUAGCUGGCACUCUCUAUGCCCUGGGUGGCUUUGCCACUCUGGAGACUGAGUCUGGAGAGCUGGUCCCCACAGAACUCAAUGACAUAUGGAGAUUCAAUGAGGACGAGAAGAAGUGGGAGGGGGUCCUGCGGGAGAUCGCCUAUGCAGCCGGUGCCACUUUCCUCCCUGUACGCCUCAAUGUGCUUCGCCUGACCAAGAUGUGACCAGUGCAAGGCCCUAACUGAGCCUCCUUCCUGUCCUGUGGCCUCACAACAAAUGCCUUGUGGGAUCCAGAGAGGAGCUGGGAGAGGCCAGUAUGAGCCAGAGAGGCUACUUCAGUCAGGAAAGUGACGGAAGAGAUUUCUCCAUGUCUCCUCAAGGACUGAAAAGCUAGGCAGGCAUCCCAGGCUGUGUUCUGGCUCUGCCCAUGUUGGCUGUGUGUGCCCAUUACGUCUCCUAAGGGACUCAGUGUCUGUGCCCACCAUAUGGGAGUGUCUGUUGUUGGCACCUUCUGGUGUUAACCCAGACCUCCCUUAGGAAGCUCAGGGGCAAUAAACUGCCUUCUGAGCAUCUAACCCAGGGUCUAGAAUUAGCCACCACAAAGAGCCAGUGUCUAGAGGGCUGAAGAUUAAGGGCUUGACUAUACCAGUGUUGGGCUGUCAACGUGGGUGGCCCUGCCCUCACAGGACACCCCAUCAUGUCCUGUGAAUGGCCCUUC